UCAGACGUUGUUACUUAAGGAAGGUGGUGUAGUGGGAGUGGAUAUGGAGUGGCAACCAUCAUUUGGUUGUAUUUUGACUCAGUCUCAAGUUGCUCUGAUUCAACUGGCUGUUUCUGAACACGUUUUCUUAAUAGACCUUUGUCAAAAAAGUUUCUGUCAGCAUCCGGAAACUUUAAAUUUUAUCAGGAAGCUCUUCUCUAACCCAAAUAUUCUUAAACUGGGUUAUGGUAUGUCAGGGGAUGUCAAGUGUCUUUUGGCCACCUGGCCCCAUUUAAUAGAUCAGCCUCUCAAGAUGCAAGGGGUGUUGGAUCUUCUCAAUGUUCACCAAAAGAUUCAGCGCAGUAAGAAGAAGAGGACACAGAAUGGCCCUAAAGAGGUGCUGGUUGGCAAAGACUCAUCAGAGAAAGGCCUCAGUCUGCUCGUGAAACAGGUCCUGGGACAGCCCCUAGACAAAACAGAACAGAUGUCCAACUGGGAGAAACGGCCACUUCGCAUCAGUCAAAUUAGAUAUGCAGUGGCUGAUGCGUACUGUCUGGUGGAUGUAUACAAUGUCCUGUCUAGCAGGCCAGCAGAUUUUGGGCUGCCUGCAGAUCUGCGCACCAUCUCAACCAGUCAGACAGAGAAUGUCAAAGAGAAGAAGCAGAAGAAUAAAGAAGAGAACAGCAAAGAGGAAUGUCAUGGGGCUCGAAGGGUCAGUUCCACUAGUUCUGCUGCAGAGAAAGGCCUCCUGUGUGGGAAGCUGUCCUGUGAGGACCUCCCCCCUGUACCCCCACAACAGCUUCGGGUGGUAUGUGACAACAUGCUGCAGGGGCUGGGCAGGUACCUGCGCUGCUUAGGAGUGGAUGUAGUAAUUUUGGAGAACAUUGAUGACCACAAGAAAGCAGCAGAGUUAGCACAUCGGGAAGGCCGUAUUAUACUCACUUGUGGACAACCCUACCAAAGUUUACGGUCUCAGGUGGGCGAGGGCCGCUGUCUCUUGCUGGAGUGUUCAGAGAAGGCCAGGGACCAGGCUGUUCGAGUUCUCAGACACUUCAAUGUCAAGCUAACCCCCAGUGACAUAUUCAGUCGCUGUCAGGCUUGCAACAGUGACGAGUAUGUAGCAGUGCCUAGAGCAGAUAUGAUAAAUAUGCUCAAAGAGAGAGGCUUCCUCCAGGACCAGGACAUAGAUCUCAGUGAUCAAGUGUUGCCCCAGAUGGAGGAAGAGGCAUCGACCUCUAUUGCGACCCCUGCCCUUCCCAGGUAUACCCACCAGUGUCGCUGGGCCUCCCUGUCAGGCCUGAACCCAGACAGCCUGACCUUUCCUGGUGGGGCACCUAUCCAGCUCCACACUGUGCCCCAUGGUCUCCUGCCCAAGAUCCCCAUCUUCUAUGUGUGCACCAGAUGUGGAAAGGUGUUCUGGGAUGGAUCACACUUUGAGCGUGUCUUGUCCAUGUUUCAGGACGUCUUACACAUAACAGAACAGGACACUGAAAAUGCAGUGGUCACAGCACCUCAAUAAAAUGUCUUUAAAAUUAUAUUGAGUUUUAUACUAGUUCUAAUUCUUUAUGAUUUUUAAAAAAUACUAUAAAAUACACUUUCACAGAAACUCACAUGAUGGAGAGAGAUUAUCAGAAAAAGAUUCUUCAUGUUUUAUUUUAAUAAAUUAUUCAUUGUGCUUUUGCAUGUUAUAGUUUACACUCCUUUAUAUUUCUGUGUUAUUGCACAAGUUUUUAAUAUCCUCAGAGUUGAAACUGUUCUGAUAUG